AGCAGCAGCACCAGUUGCUUUUUCUCUUUUCGUGGGCAGAAUGGCUCACAGAGGAGUUUUGGAUACAUCUCUAAACAUUUACAGGUAGUUCUUUCACACUGCAGAAACGUUUAUCUUGCAAACGCAUUUGGACACUAAUCUUGCUCCAUGUUAUUUUGCUUUUGUUGUUCCAGAUCUGUUAUUUUCAGUGAUUAACUGUGGCACGCGCAUGCAUUUGGAUAAUUGCAUGCACACUUAUAUUAUUGCAAACACGCUGAGGAUUAUUAUGCGCGAGAACAGCGAUGCUCGUUCGUAAACAUUUGCAACUGAUGCAGUUUUCGUAAGUUUUAUUUUUUGCGCGGAAAAUAACAUUCAUGGUUCUAUUAUAAGUUUGGAUGUGAACGCAAAAGAAGGGAAAUACAAUGGCGAGCGAUUUAAAGCCUCGGUUGUGUGUAAUGAAGAAAGGGGAGAAUGGAUACGGGUUUCAUCUGCACGGAGAGAAAGGAAAGAGCGGCCAGUACAUUCGGAAAGUGGAGCGCGCGUCCCCGGCCGAAGCGUCGGGACUGCGCGCGGGUGACCGCGUGGUGGAGGUGAACGGCGAGAACGUGGAGAGAGAGACGCACCAUCAGGUUGUGCAACGAAUCAAAGCUGUUGAACAUGAGACCAGACUGCUGGUGGUUGAUCGGGAAACUGACGAAUACUUCCGCAGCCUGCGUCUCACCUGUACGGAGGAAAUGGCCAUCAGAGAGACCCCUUUAGCCAAGACCCCUUCCCCGUCACCCUCCAGCAGUAAACAGGGCAAUGGAUCAGUUUCCAAACGAAUGGAGAUAUCCAAACCCAUCAGGAAACCCCCAUCACGAGCUCCGAAGAAGGAAGUUCCGCCCCCAUCGGAUGCGUCAAGAUGGGAUCCAUCUGAGCUUCUACCUAGACUAUGUCACCUCGUCCGGUCUGAGAUGGGUUACGGCUUUAACCUGCACAGCGAGAAGUCCAAACCGGGUCAGUACAUACGGGCUCUGGACCCCGGAUCGCCCGCUGACCAUGCUGGACUCAAACCUCAGGACAGACUCAUAGAGGUGAAUGGAGUGAACAUUGAAAGUAUGAGGCAUGCUGAAGUUGUGGCCUUUAUUAAGAAAGGUGGUAACGAAACACAUUUGCUGGUGGUGGAUCCAGAUACAGAUGAACAUUUCAAAAAGAUGGGCAUCACACCCACCAGCAUCCACGUCAAAGAUUUUGAUGAGUCCAUAACUAACGGCUCCUCGAGCUCACAUGUGAACGGGACGUCCUCUCGAUCCACACACUCAGACGGAAGCAGUCAGGACACAAAUACACUGAUGUCGAGGGACAGCAGCAGUCAUCUUCUCGACCCGUUUGAGGAAAUAGGUCUGUGUUUGAGCCCCACGGCCGCCGAGGCGAAGGAGAAAGCCCAUGCCAAGCGUGCUAAAAAGAGGGCGCCCCAGAUGGACUGGAACAAGAAACAUGAGAUUUUCAGCAAUUUCUGAAUCUCACAAAAAUAAAUCAAAGACACAAACACACACACACACACACACACACACACACACUGGCACACGCCUGCCGUGACCCCCUACAUGUGUUGCAUUCAAACCCCUGGACAAAUGACAUUUUUUGAUGAAAAAAGCGGCACCUAUUUUUGUAGAAAAAUCUAAACUUAAACCCAUAAAAAGAUUUGAACGUGCCCGGAGCGGAUAAUCUGAGCUACACCCUAGAAAACAGACUUAAAAAUGACUGACAGUCUCUGGAGUGAAAUGCACCGGUCAGACUGUUCACACAAGUGACACUUUUACUGUUUUGUACUUCUGCGUUAUCAUUAUUUUUUAACGUUGUAUAGAUGGCCACUUAUCAUGCAUUAACAUACAAAAGGUGACGAGCAAAAUCCAAGUAACACCAUAUUAUUUGGAACAGAAAAGCACAGAAAAGGGAACAUGAUCAUGUUAUCCCAUUAAGAAGGACCAAAUUAAUGAAGCUCUUUUUAUGUAGUAAUUAUGUGUUUUAUCAUGUGAAUUAUAAUUGCUUAUGAAGGAAUAAGCGGAUUUUAUCUUUGCCAAAGACACACCCACAAUCAACCGGAUUAGUCCGAUUGUUACCUUUAUAGAUUAUUGUAUGCAAAGCUUUGAUGGGACAUGCCACUGUUGGAUAUAAAAUGGAAAGUUUCUCUAUAUUGCUGAGAUAAAAACAAACAAACUGGCAUGCAUGUGAACUGCACAGUACUCAACACUAGAGGGCGCCGGUAUUGCACUUUUGGUUUUCAUUAUGAAGGAAGAGCCAAGACAGAACACAGCAGAAUACUGCAUGUGUACGACCAACAGAGGGAACAAAAUCCCCAAUGUAACCCUGUUAUGACUCAGUACACUGCAAAAGGAACGGAGCUUGUGAAAUGAACAAGUGCAAAGUUGCAAGAGCCAUUGCUGUAUUAAGGAAUGUUCCAGGUUCAAUACAAGUUAAAGGGACAGUUCACCCAAAAAUGAAAAUUUUCUCAUUAUUUACUCACCCUCAUGCCAUCCCAGAUGUGUGUGACUGAGAUCGGAAUGGCAUACUACUCGUACAGUUUCUGCCAUUGACACAUGUUGCUGAAGUAGUAUAGGUCCGCCUAUGACUUUCUUUCUUCAACAGAACACAAAUGAAGAUUUUUAGAAAAAUAUAUCAGCUCUGUUGGUCCAUAAAUUGCAAGUCAACCUGGUCCAAAACUUUGAAGCACAACAAAGCACAUACAUGCAGCAUAAAAGCAUCCAUAAGACUCCAGCGGUUUAAUCCAUGUCUUCAGAAGAGCUAUGAUAAGUGUGGGUGAGAAACAGAUCAAUAUUAAAAUCCUUUUUUUAAAAUAUAAAGUUCCACUUUCACGUUCUUCUUCUUUUGUUUUUGGUGAUUCACAUUCUUCAUGCAUAUCGCCACCUACUGGGCAAGGAGGAGACCUAUCAUACCCACACCUAUCGUAUCACUUCAGAAGACAUGGAUUAACCCACUGGAGUCGUAUGGAUUACUUUUAAGCUGCAUGUAUGUGCUUUUUUGGGCUUCAAAGUUCUGCCCGCCAUUCACUUGCAUUGUAUGGACCUACAGAGCUGAUAUAUUCUUCUUAAAAACCCUAAUUUGUGAUCACCAGAAGAAAGAAAGUCACACAUCUGGGAUGCCAUGAGGGUGAGUAAAUGAUGAGAGAAUAUCCUUUUAACUCAAUCAACAACAUUUUUGGCAUAAUGUUAUAAUUUCUACUCAUCCUGUUUAUUUAUAUAUAUAAAAAGCAAAAAUUCCAGAUACAAAGAGACACAAUGAACAGUCAUUAAACAUUGAUGUGCACACUGUUGCAAAAGCAUACCCGUGGGACGUAGACAUAAUACAUAUUAACAUGAUUUUAGUGUGAUAAAAGCGCUCGCUAACGUUAUCUGUGUAAAGAUAUAUAUCAAGUUUUACAACUUUGUAGUCAUGAUGACAUAACGCAGUGAAAUCCCUGAUUUAAUCACAUUAAAAUCAUGUUGACAUGUAUGUUUACGUCUUGUGGCGUCACUUCCAUUGUAGGUGCCUUACUGUAACUGCAUUUUCUUUUUUAAGGAAUGUUUGUAAUGCCACACAUGCUGUCGAAUUGAGCUUAACUUGUAGUGACACUUAAUUGUAUUGCAUAAAUAACCUUGGAGACCGACCGACAGAUGGCCCGCAAGAAAGUACCUUCAUGCAAGGAGGAGGAAAAAAUCAAAAGCAAUCGAACUCGUAAAACAAUAAAGUUUAACGUAUGCCUUAUCUGCACAUUUCAGAAGCGGACAGAUGUUUGUAACAGUAUUGAUGCUGUAAAGAUUGUACAUAAAUACAGCUGGAUUCACACAUUUUAGUGACCCUCAAACUAAACCAUUUGUAUUCGGAAAUGACCACUGAGUAUCUGACCUCAAACCUGGUUGAGUUUUGUUGUAGUCCACUAUGUAGACUACACAGACAAUCACAAAAGCUUUUGAGAGAGUGCUAUAUGCAUUUACGGCACACAUAUUGCGAUAUAUAACGUCAGCAUUACUAUUAUUACUCUUAAUAAUUCAUGAUACAUUAGUUAAUAUAAUAGUUUUUGUUUUGUUCUUUUCUGUUGCUCGCUGACAUUAAGCACAAAUGGGAAAUCAGAUAUAUUAGACAUUAUUAUUGUUAUUAUUAUUAUUAUUAUUAUUGUUAUUUUCAAUAAAGUGUGACAUUCACAUUCUGAA